UUGAUUGGACAGUUACGAAAUGACAGCACAACUGAUGAAUGGUCACACAUUUUAGAAAUAAUCGUGUGACCUUAUGUCAUUUCGUAUAAAAUAAAGUAAAAUGAUCAAAUAAUAUUAAAUGGAAUCUUGUCAGCUUCGAAUAUGCUAUCGCGACUAAUUCGUCAGUUUUUGUUUAUUCUUGUGCAUUUUGUUGUUAACGUACUUGUUGCAAUUCAAAAUGUUUAUCACCGGUCAUGGGUUAGAAGAGAAGUUCUUGAUGAUGAGGUGACGAAAAACGAUGUUAUUAUGAUAAUGGAGCACGUACCAAAGAUGAAGAAAAAUCUAAAACAUUUAGUGGUACUUGUUGACACAAACCAUCAUUCCAUGAGUGAGUUGGCGCGGGUGGUGAUUUGGAGUCUAAUCAUAGGAAUACCUUACGUCAGUUUUCACGAUAUCACCGGUAAAUUGAAACAAAACGAAGAAAAACUGUUUCUGGCUAUCGAGAAAAAGAAAAAAGGUAUACCAGGAUGCAUAAAAUGGUCGAACAAACCUGACUUAAAUGGCUACACUUAUGGGAUGAAUGCAAACAAUAUAUUUAUUAAUAUAUUUAGUUAUAAGGAUGGAAGGCCACAAAUUGUUGAAUGUAUAAGACAAAUAGCUAAUGGGUGUAUUGAUUGUGAAAAGAAAGCAAAUGAGUUUACUAGUGAAGAGUUUGGGAAGGCAUUAACUAAAUUAUACAAUAGUGUACCUGAGCCAGACCUUGUUUUAUAUACUGGACCUUAUUGUACCACUUAUGGUCUGUUGCCGUGGCAAAUAAGACUUACAGAGUUCAUUCAACUCUCUCUAGACCAUAGUGUAGAUAUAUAUAGUUAUAUAGGUGCAUUAUAUAAAUAUAAUAAAUGUGAUCAAAGAUUUGGUAAGUAGUUAAACCCAUAUAUAAGCCAGGCCUAAAUGUAAGAUGUAAUAUUUAAAAACAAAAUGGAUUUGUCAUAGUAUUUUGCUAUUGCUUGUUAAUUUAAAACCAUUAAGGGUUUCUUUGUAUAUCAGAAAAGUUUAAAAAUGUACAUAUUUGUGUUAUUCUAAAUUAUUGAGUGUUCUCACCUAUGAACUUUGGUAUUGUAUAUUAGUUACUUUAGUAACUAAUAAUUAAUUCAGGUAUCAUGUUUUAGUUGACUUUCAAAACAACUGUUUUCAAUUUUAUUAUAAUGCUUUCAUUGAUAUAAAAAAUAAGUGUGUAGUUUUUAAUUUUGAUAAACAUUGUGGUAUUCAUACAAAAAAAGAAAGAUAUUUAAAAUAAUUGUGAUACAACUCUGAAGCAAUAACAUGUUUACACUUGACUUCUAAGCAACUAAAUUGUAAUUCUGUAAAGCAAUAACUAUACAGUAAAGGAUUAAAAUUAUCACAGAAUGUCAUCUACCAUAUUAAUUUAUUUAUAUAAUUGAAUAAAAAUGAUUUUAAUAAAAAGCAAUGAUAAUAA